AUGCACAACAGCCAGGAGCGGGGUAGCUCGGGUAGCUCAUGGCACUAUCGAUGCGCCUUCCUCCGGCCAGAGGUGUUGGCAGCCUUGGUUUCGCUGCUAACACUGGUAUUUUUGCUGUUGGUCGGCGACAGCCAGGAGACAGUGCUGCGAUGCGAUGCUGCAGGGCUUUGCGCAGGUGGUGGUGUUGUGCUUGUCGCCAGCGCGGCGGUGAUUGCUCAGCCUCAAAAGUGGGGGAGCAGCUUUUUCCUGCGCAGUCUAUUUCGAGCUCUGCUGCUUGCGAGCUUCGUGUUCCUGUAUUUCGGCUUGACAAGCUUCUCGCCCAUUUUUGCGGUCCAAGCUCUGACGACUUUGGCAGCACUGACUUUUUCAGCCUCUACUUGCACCUUCUUGGCAUGCACCCUGGAGACACGGGGGGAGCUUCCACGAAAUCCGCGGGGGCGGCGACUCUCACUGAAGCACGUGGCCUUGGGUUACCUUUGCAGCAUCGGGAGCUGGCUACUGGCCUAUUCCGUCUUGCUCCUGCACCAGGAAGUGGAUGGCCACCUUGCGGGUCUUUCACGGAGUCUCAGUCGCGAGGAGCAUUUGGUUUUGUUCAGUUUCGGAGGGUUCUUCCUCAGCACCGUCGUCGGAUUUCUGCUGCUGCUGCUACCUUGUGGGCACCAUUGCUUGGGAGGCACUGAGAAAGUGAAACCGGAGGAGACUCCGGUGAUCUGCCGAUGUAAUUCCAAGGCGGAUGACAGCAUUGGCAUUGGAGAGCAAGUCCAGGCACCUCCAGCUACGGCCAUGCAGGCUAUGCCUUCAGUGGGUUGCCGGGAAGAUGCUGCACAAGUGCCGGAGACACCACCACCCGUGGAGCAUCGAAAGCCUGAUGAGCAGCUUGAAGUCGAAGCAAGCUGCCCAAGCUUCGAAGUCGAUGCGAUACCGGCCGCAGACGUUGUGGAGGCGGUGCAGGCGGUGCAAAAGGAAGUUGUGCCUGCCACGACACCCGCUACAGGCGCUGAGACGGCUGGCGGAGCAUUUCCAUUUCCCCGUGGACCAUCCAGGCCGCGCCGUCGCUGCGGUGAGGCUUGGACAGCCGAAGAGGCGCCAAAGAAGAGGAAAGCCAAGGCUCGCGGCCUUACAGCUGUUCUCGAAGUCGAUGAGGACGAGGGCGCAGAGGAAGAGGAGCAGAUUGAGGAAGAACAAAUCCUGGAAGUGGAAGGCCAAGACCAGAGCGGAGCGCAGGCAGUCAGCGAUGCAGAGCAAAACUCGAAUGCCCAGUUAUGUUUGGCCGCGAAUGCCACAUCUGCAGAUGGUCCGCAGCAGCCCGAGUGCAAGCUGGAAGAGGUGGGUGGUACAGAUGCGGCGCUCCCUUGCCAGGAGGGGCUGAUGCCGCCUUCCCAGGAACGCCGCUGUAGCAGCGAGGAGAAGCCACCGAGUGCCCAGAGGCUGGUGCCGCUUCAAUGUCAAUCGCUGCGAGGAAGGACGCUGGAAAUUUGUCGAGCUGCAGGUAUGGGCAAGGUGGGUCUCCCUGAGCUGCGCCGAGCCGUGCUCGUCUCCCUGGCAGGCCACAUUGUGGCGGGACUUCUGCUUCUGCUCGCAGGACACAUGGUCAUUGUGGCUCUCUCGCUGCUGUUCAUCAAGCUGUGCUUCCUGGCUGUCCGGCUGAGUGCCUCCCCAACUGCUUCAGCCACAAAGAUAGCGCAGUGUCCUUCACCGGAGAUAUCAGUAACACCAGCGGCAUCACGGGGAUCUUCAUCACCGCUGGCUAACGUUCCGGAAUCGUAUGCAGCCUCUUGGGGCUUCUUUCCACCAGACCGGGGCCUGUUACGUGAACACGGAAACCAGCCUGGUCGCCUGGGCGUCGGUGUGAUGCCGGCAGUGGCUGAGGAGGACGUGGCUGCAGAUCCGAUGAUGGCACUGAGCACUCCGCCCAUGAGUUCCUGGCCCGAGGAGUCAGGAUCGGUUGACCGCUCGCCCAAACCAGCUGCCGAAGGCUUGGCGCGUGGGACGGCAGGAUCGGAUCACAGCUCCAAGUUGCCCAUGAGCGGUAGGCCGGGCGAUUCUGCAUUUUUCCGUCCAGCUGGCCGCAGAGGGGGUCGCCCAGGCGCGGACAUAGAGUCCUUCCAGUCGGUGCCCUUGCCAGCCGCCUUCCCAGCGGCAGAGUGCGCAGAGAAGGUGCCGCAGACGAAUGGUAACCAGACGCAUGUACAGGAGCCUGAGGCAAACGAAACCGAAGGCCCACUGGCGCCAGGCUUGCCACAGGCCGCAGGCAGCCAGAAGUCUACAUCGAGUUCAGUGCGCAUCUCGAUGGAGCAUUUCCCUUCUCCGAGGGCAUCCAGUCACUUGUCCAUUCCGGCUUUUCCUGACCCCGGCAUUUCGGAAGAUAGCUCGUCGACCGCAGGCUCUUGCACAGAUGGCAAACAAAGUGCUCGAGCUCGAGCGAUCGCACAGUCUGCCUGUCGCUGGCUGCGCCAGGGUUGCUGGGAUACUCUCAUUGGUAUGUCUACCAUCGCUGCACUUGUAUCCUUUACCCUGGGACAAGCCAUAGUCAUACUAUUCGUCUUUAUUUUCGAUUUGGUCUUCAUCGAGAAGUAUGCCACUUCAAGCCUGUCUCGGCAUUUUAUGCUGGCUGCUGAGAAUGCUACGUGCUUGAGUAGCAGGCGACUGACAGCUCUCACGGGCGACAUGCUCCCUUCCGAGUGUGCGCGUGAGGUGGUGAGGUCCACGUCGCUGGCAGCUUUCAGCAUGGGCCCUCCGAACUCGGUGGGGCUUCGAGCUUGCUAUCCGCAGGAUGGACUGGAGGAGCUGUCCUAUGCAGACGUGUUCUAUGGCACGGAUGAUGCCAUAUGCGAGUGGAUGGAGAAUCCAAGCUUCGAUUUCUUCGUCAUUGAGAAGCAGCAGCCCUGCAGUAUUUUGGGCCGUGGCACGUCGCUCAUCAUCAGCAAUGCCACGGCUUUCUCUCACCGUGUCUCAGACGAUCUGCAAAGGGCUCUGUCUUCCUACUGCAGUCCUUGCGGCGAUCUAGUGCUUGGUACCGUGGAGGUGGCAAGGAAGAUGCUCAUGGUAGACGUUCUGGUACAUCGGUCCCUGGCUUCAGCUUCGCCUGGUUUGCGUCGCAUCGCUGCUGCCUCCAUGGCAUUGGGAUCUGCCUUUGCCGUGCUGCUCCUGACUUUGCUCGAUGCCUUCUCCUUCGUGUCACUGGCCCUAGAGAUGCUGAGACUGCGCAGCAUCGGGUUUGUUGGGUCGCCACUCCAUUUCGCAUUCGUGGUCACCAUUGGCCAGGCUGUUGAGCAGCUGGGCCUUCUGGUGCUGCAUUCCCUGAUCAUGGCCGGCAUGUCCUUUCAGCUGGAGCUCGCCAACGAUUUUUGGCCAGAGCUGCACUGCACCCGCAGUGCAAUGUCUCCUGAGAGCGUCCCUAAUGCCUGGCAUCAAGCGGCUCGCUGGACGGGAACUACUUUGGUCUUCUUCGCUGCCGGCAUUUCUGUCUUCUUCGCUCUCUGCAUCCUGGGUGGCUAUGCUUACCGAUUUCAUGGCCUGGUGCCUGCUGGCUGGCUUGCAUCCCUCCUGUACAGUCGUGACGUGAAGAUGACUCGGUUUGCAGCAGCUCCGCUUUCGAUGUCCGACUACAGGCAUGAAACUCUUGCUGUGGAUCCAGCGGAAGCUGAAACAAUAUCGACCUCCCUCCUCCGACCUGGCCUUGGUGUCCUUGCAUCUCUGGGUUUCUGGCACCAGAAGAUGAGCUACGUCUUCCAGGUGGGCCGGAGGUUGGAGUGGUACUUGCCUGCUCUUCCGGACACAGAUCCGAUGACCACCGCGUUCACCUCCGACUGCGUGAGCUGGAUGGCCGUUGUCCGGGCCACGGUGCACAACCUCUCCAUUGCUUGGCUUCUGCUGCCUUUCGGAGCGCUGCCGGCGCGAGCCUGUCUGUACUUGAACGAGCGCAUUCUUUUCGCAACCGGGACCGAUGGCGGUAACUCUGCCGACGAAGCAGAUGCCCUCAUGCAACAUGCUUUGGAGGACGUUGGCAUCUUCUGGCAGACCUCGGGAUGGUUGGCGGCCAUGGGCCAUUUUGUGACGCUGCUGCUGCUGCUAGCGGUAGACUUCCUGAUCUUGCCACACGAUCCACGCGAGCAGCUCAUUGCAGGGCUCCUUGCCACAGGAGCCGUACUUGCAGUUCUGCGUGCGGCCGUUGCUCAAAUCCAGGGCCUGGAAUCUUGUCGACACCGCCACGGGCUCGUCGCAGCCUGCAGCGAGAUCCUGCAGGAUGCUUUGCCUUCACGGGUGGUCCAGAGUCACACUCGUGCGCAGCUCAAGACGCAUCCCAGGUCUCGGAGCGAGGAACAAGCAGAUGCGUUGGGAAUACGACCAUGGCAUGCAGGCCUUCCCUUCGCGAAGGUUGCCGCUUCGCAUCGGCACGAGAAGCUAACACCCCUGCCAGUGAGGCGUGGAGCCUGUGAACCCACCGAUGAGGAGUGUCUGUCUGCGCUAAGAGGAGAUGCAGAGCGUGUUGUUUCAGCCUGUCGCGAGCUCUUGGAACUGGAUUGGGUCAGGAGCGGGCUGCUGCCUGGACGCUUGCGGGGGAAGCUUGUCGCUGCCAGGGCGGCCCGAAAUCGCCGCAUCCGCCUCGCCCAGGCUCUGCUGGCAUCUCGUCGGCCAGGCUUCCUGGCGCGCCUUCGCCGAAGACCUGCAGCUUCUUCAGGGCUUUUCUACGGUGCGUUGCUGAUGGCAUUGCGGGAAGUCGCAGAGGAGGACCUGAUUGCGCAACGCUGCGCGUCGGAGGCCCGCAACGUGGUCUGCGAGCACCUGCGACAGCAUUGCACUCUCCAAGCCCGGAAGCUACAGCUCUGGCUUCACGGCACUGCUCGGAGCCAAGCGGCGCGCUGGGCACAGGCCUUGUCGCUCUCAGGGGCUGUUGGGGAUAUCCUCGAGGGCCUUGACUCCCGAGAAGUCUGCAAGCCUUGCGAUGGAGAGGUCGCUUCAGAAUCAGAAGAGCCUGCCGAGCCCGGCGCAGAUGCGCCGGUUGCGACUGCCGACCAGCAGGUGGUGUGGGUACAGCCAGCGACCGAAGAGAACUCUCAAAAUCAAGAGGAGGCUGACGAUGUGCUAGUGAGUCAAGACGAGGACCAGGAACUGGGGCCGCGACAGCAGCGUCUUCAUGCAUUCCUGCAGUCGCCCGGUCUGCCCGAAGAGAGCGAGGCUGGCGUUGCCAGCGCCACCGCAAGUGCUACACUACCUUUCGAUCCUGCUACAGUGCGGGCACGUGCAACCUUGCAGCCCCAGGCCUGGGAGAGCCGAGACGCCCCGCAGACGUUGCGAAUGCUGUUUGCUGUCUCGCAGCAAGGUCUCAUCCGAAUCAGUGGCCACUGGGCAGCUGGGGGUCGUGAAGUCCUCCCGGAAAAGCAGGCUCGGGUCAACAUCACUGCAAAGGCUGAAGUCGUGCUCCAUUGGCCCAAGUCAGCUCGGCCUUCAUCCGCGAAUGUUCAGGUGGAGUUCAUCUCGCAUCAGAUUUGGCCCCCACUUCCACGCAAGCCAGCUGCGGCAGGUGCAGGCGGACUGCUGACAAAGCGAAGCGAUACCAGGCUGCGUACACCGUGCAGGAGGCGUUUGGGAAGCAGCUGGGCGCAGCAAAAUGACGAGCUGCGCUGGUGGGAGCGACAAGUGGCAGGUAGAGGGUGGCUCUUGAGAAGAAGCCCUGCUGCUGUUUCCAACAUGCCCAACGAAGAGGAUCGAAUGGAUUCGCUGUGGCGAAUUCUUUGUGGUGUCGAGUGGAGCGCCUGCCCCGAUGGUCAGUCCAGCAUUGGUCGGGAUGAGGAUAGCGAGGGGGCCGUUGUCCUUCCAACGGAGCUGGGCCAGACCCGCUGGUUGGCUCCAGUUGCUUUGCCGGCUCUGGAUGCCUCGCAGCAGGAAAAGUUCCGGCCGAGGUGCCAUUCAACAGCCAGCGGCGACCUCUUCCAGACUGCUGGCCGAAAGCUUGCCUCGACGCAGGUUGGAGGAUGCGUGGGCCUGCUUGGGCCUGUUGCCCACGUGAUGCAGGAGCCCGUGGCAAUGGACGACGAGGUUCUUUUCGCUGCGAAGCAGGCAGCAGCAGUUGCUGCUUCUGCCGCAGCCCAGGCACCAAGAGCGGCACUGCGGGCGCUGGAGGUGGCCAUGCGCCGAAAUCCUCAGCAACUGGGCGCUGCAUUCCUGACUUCGCUGUACGCUGGCACAGGAGGUUUGUCGCAGGUGGAGGUGGUGCGGCGCAGUUGGCUGAUGGCUGCCGCGGCCCGGAAGCUCCUCAAGCAGAAGCGUGCUCGGCAGGCACAGCAGGAACGCAGCCAGUUCGAUGCUGGCCUCAGGAUGCUCUCGGAACAGCUGCUUUUCUGGACGGCCAGCCGGGAGCGAAAACGCUGGCUUCGGACUUCGGAGCGCGAACCUAUGGGACUGACAUUUCUUGGCAAAAGUCAGGCACCUAACUGGGGCAUCUUGGAUGUGGGCUCCAGCAGCACCAGUCCGGCCAAGUCUGCCAAGUCCGGCCUGGAUGCUGCUUUGGAGAUGGCCGAGCCUCAGGACAUGGACGCAAGUUUCUGCAGCAUGGCCAGGGGCAGCAGUGGGGAAAAGUGGCUGGAUUCCGAGGAUAUGCGCAGGAGACGGACAAGCCGACGAAGCAGUCAAGGCAGUGCCAGUGGCAGUGGCUCUGGCGAUCGUGUGACGCCGUUCCAGUGCAAUGCUGCCACGCCAACAAUGGUUGUCACCGAAGUAGAUGACUUCGAUCCCAACCUGGUGCCGCGAUUCAGAGGCAGUGAGCCUGAGAAUGCGACGAUGGAUGAGGCACAGAUGCAAGAAGGUUCCCGACAUAUCCAGCAAAUGGUUGCCGACUUCGUGCUGAAGGCUAGUUCGCAUCAAGCGGAUGUGGCCGAGCUGGAGAAGACCUUGGAGGAAGCCAGACAGGGUGCAGUGGGAUCAGCUGAUCAGACAACCAUGCAGAAGGCCUUCGGACAUUUGAUGGCCCUGCAGAGGGCGGCCCUUGGUCUUCUGGAAUCUUUGCAGAGUGGCAGCAUCAGGCAACUGGAGUCUCGACUGAGUAUGGCUCGCGAACUGGGUCUGGCGCCGGAUGCAUUUCCGGACGCUGCAGGCGACGGACUGUUGAAGCUUGCUGCGCAGAAGCUCGAGGAGCAAAAGGCAGCAGCACCAGGCUUCCUCGAUACGGCUCUCGAUGCUUUCGCAAGCCACAGCUCGAAGAAAGGUGUCCUCGGAGUGGGAGUGAUUGCGCUUCAACGCUGUGUCGAUCAGGCACGUGCAGCAAAAAUCCAGGACUCCACCAAACUCCAUCGAGUUGAAGCAAAGCUUCAUCUGUUGUGCGAACGCAAGAGAGAGAUUGCGCUACUGAAGGCAGCGAUGGCAGCGGAGGAUGCCUGGCUCCUAAAGGCGGCCACAGAGGAGUGUCGUCAGCGCUUCGGGGAAGUGACCUUUGGCGUCGACCUAACGCUGGCCAAAUGUCAGCUCGAGAUUUGGGAGAGAGCUUCUUCUGCACAAGCAGCAGUGGUAUCGACCACCAGCGAAGCACGUCGACCGAGCAGCCUCAGGCUUGCAUCCCGAGCGACUUCGAGCGAGCCUGUGGAUUUGGAACGCUCCGACGUCCUCGCGCCGCUGGCCUUGGGCACGCCGGUGGUCUCGACUUCUUCGGCGCCUCCCGUUCCCGCGCAGGAGGAACGUGCCGUCAUUGCCCUGCGUGCCGCCAUGUUCCAGGAGCCUCCACAGGCGGGCCUCCUGCGAUUGGCCAUCGCCCGAGCUCGUCGUGCCGGCGUGGCCAAGGAGGAGGUUAGCAAGGCAGAAGCUGUCUUGCAGGAGGAGCGAGAGGCGGAACAGGCUUUGGAGCAGCUUCGGCGAGCUGCCGCGGCACGGGACGUCCGUGCCCUGCGCCGUGCCAUCGCAGACUGUGCAGAUGCUGGGGUGGAUCAAGGGCGCUUGCUGCCGGCAUCCACACAGCUCUGCGAUGCGCUGGGGGAGCUGCUGAAACGGGCACAUCAGCAUGGGCUGGCCCUGAGUGUGCUGACAGACCUGGAUCGCGAAAGGCAGGAGCUGCGCUACAGCCUUGCAGAGAAGCGAAGCGGUUUACGCACCGUUUGCCGUGUGCGGCCUCCGUUGGCCCCAGAGCUGCAGACUGCGCUGCGCAGCCACGCGGGCCUCGCACCUGUCUUGAGGCGAGUCGAUCGCCGAACUUUGGAGGUGGCACUGGCGAGCGGCACCUAUGCCACAUGCGACUUCAGCGCUGUAUUGGGCCCGGAAAGCACCCAGGCGGAGGUCUCGACCGAGCUCCUGGGCUUGGCGCAAGCAGCGAUCGACGGAGGCAAUGUGGCGGUCAUUGCUUGUGGGCAGCGUGGUGCUGGCAAGAGCUUCACGCUGUGUGGCUCUGCAGACCAGCCUGGGGUUCUACCACAUCUGCUGGAGGAGCUCUUUGCUAUCAAGAGCCGGGAGCACUGGCGCUCGGACAUCCAUAUCGAUGUGCAGGCGUUGGAGAUCGUGGAUGACGGGCCGCCAACGGACCUCUUGAGCCAGGCUUCGGAGGGCGAGACGGUCGAAGAGCGCAUCGAGGCGAUACGGCCUUGCUGCGUCCAAGGUGGCCCUGGCCAGCUCUUGGCCGCAAGUGCCGCGAUUCUGUCGGGGGCUGCAACUCGCCGUGCAGCAAGGCUCCAAGA